AUGAAGCUGCUCCUUUCUCUAACUCUCAUCUGGGCUCUCUCCAAUACAGCUGGAGCACUUGACUGUGAAACAUGCAGUGAUCAGACGUGUUCGAGCGCCAUGGUACAAACAUGUCCCUCAGGGACGAUGUGUGUGACAGCUGCCAUACAAGCUAUUGGAACUGGUGGUCAAUACUCACAAAUCGUCAAGGCGUGUGCACCUCCCUCUAUAUGUCCAGCGACGGGCAACCAGACCUUUUCAGUCAACUUGGGUAUGACAGCUGCACUUGUAUCUGCUUCAUGCUGUAACAAGGAUAACUGCAACUCAGCCAAGCUACCUUACCCUGUUCUACCAGACGCUAACAGCCUACAGUGCUACACUUGUCAGCCCAUGACCUUUAAUUGUUCCAUCCCAACACAGUGUACGGGCACCCAGGAUCGUUGCAUCGCAGUAACUGUGUCAAUUGGGUCAACCACAUAUCCUGCUUAUGGCUGUGCAUCUGCAAACCUGCAGGUAGCUGCUGAUGCCCUGGAAAGCCUAUCUACUCUCAUGGAGUUGAAUGUAAAUAUUACAAUUCAACCAACUUUUUGUAACACCACUUUAUGUAAUAAGCUUCCUGCCCUGAACACGACAACUGUUCCCCCGACAACGACUACCGAUGAUGCCUGUUGUAUCAGACAGGGAAUGAUUAAUCUUCUAAUCGGACUCCUUAUCUUUACUUUUUAUUAGAACAAAGAAAAACAAUGGACAAGGAACCCUUUGA